AUGGCCACCAAGCAGCUGGCUGCCUGGGCCCAGGCCCUGCGGUACGACGGCCUGCCGCUGCCCGUCGUCGAUGCUGCGGUGCGAAGCUUUUACAACUGGGCGGGCUGCGCCAUUGGCGGCGCCCACCACCCCGCCGCAGCCAUUGCCCGCCGCUCGCUGGCGCCCUUCGCUGGCGCCCCGACAUCGUCGGUUCUUGGCUGCCAAGAGCGUGCCGAUGCUCAGUCAGCCGCCCUCUUCAACGGAGUCAGCAGCCACGUCCAUGACUACGACGACACCCACCUUGAUACCAUCAUCCAUCCGUCUGGUCCUGUGGCGUCCGCUCUGCUAGCUGCCGCCGAGUGGAAGAGGCCCGUGGCGGGCCGCGACUUCGUCCUGGCCCUGGUGGCCGGCAUCGAAGCGGAAUGCAAAGCCGGGCUCGCUGUGUGGCCGGACCACUACGAUAUCGGCUGGCAUAUCACGAGCACCGCGGGCUCCAUUGGCGCUGCCGUGGCCGUCGGGAAGCUCCUGGGCCUUGGCGUCGAGCAGAUGCAGUGGGCGGUAGGCAUUGCUGCCACCCAAGUCACCGGCCUGAGAGAGCAGUUUGGCAGCAUGACCAAGUCCUUCCAUCCUGGCCGCGCUGCUCAGAACGGCCUUCUGGCAGCUGUGCUUGCGUCCAACGGAUACGACAGCUCGCUGCAGUCCUUGGAGGCCAAGCGCGGCUGGGUCAACGUGGUGAGCGCCUCCAACGAUGUUGACGCUCUGAUGCAGGGCCUGGGCAAGACGUGGGAGAUCGAGAAGAACUCGUUCAAACCCUUCCCCUGUGGCAUCGUCAUCCAUCCCAUUAUUGAUGGCUGCAUUCAAGUGAGGCAAGACUUCUCCAAGGACAUGGCAAAAGAUGUCUCGAACAUCCGUAAAACUGAGGUUUCCGUCCAUCCCCUCGUGUUGGAGCUUACCGGAAAGAAAUGGCCAAGAACGGGCCUCGAAGCCAAGUUCAGCGUCUUCCAUGGCGCUGCCGUAGGACUACUCUAUGGGAAAGCAACUCCAGCUCAGUACGAGGAUGCCGUCGUGCAGGACCCGGUCGUGGUGGAGUUGCGGGACAAGGUCAAUGCAACAAUCGACAAUGGUCUCCGUCCUGACGAGGCUCAUGUGAGGGUUGAGUUCAACGACGGCUCAGUACAGGAGAAGCAUAUUGAGCAUGCUGUCGGAAGUCUCGAGGUGAAAAUGACAAACUCCCAGCUCAAGGACAAGUUCCUGGAUCAAUGCACUCCAGUCCUUGGGGAUGCAAAGGCCAAAGAAGCUUCGGAGGCCUUGUGGAGACUGCCUGAAGUAGGCGACAUUGCAGAGAUUACGUCCCUGCUAAGCUAG